AUGAUUGAACAAACAUUUUCCGCUACGAAACAUGCUAAACAUUUGGCUGAAGUGAUGAAAGAUAUGAAGGAAAAGUUCAAGAUAUCUCCAAAUUGUACGACAGAUUUUGAACCAACCGAAAAAGUUAUUCACUCGCCCAUCAAGGUAAGAGCUCGAUGGCGACCACCCACAAAACGGAAACAGACUGCCAUUGAGAAAGCAAUGAAGAAACCAGGUCCUAGAAAUAAGAAACGGAUUGUAGAAUCCUCAAUAGGUAUUGGAUUCGUAGACAAUGAAUAUUUUUGCUCGCAUUUGCUCGGGUUAUGUCACAAGUCCACUUCGAAUCUCCCUUGUAUGUCUCCAUGUGCAGCAUACAGAAUACUCCACAAUCCUUAUUGUUCCAUGCGUCUUGCCAGCCCUAUGGAUGAACCAUCAUCACCAUGUACCGAAGACAAAAUUCUCAAUGUUGGGAUGUCGUUCAUUUCUGAAAAUAACCUACCAACAAUUGGGGACAUAAAUAGCCCUAUGGAUGAACCAUCAUCUCAAUGUACCGAAGACAAAAUUCCUAAGUUUGGGAUGUCGUUUGUUUCUGAAAAUAACCUUCGAGAAUUUUAUAGAUUGUAUGCACAAUCAAUGGGUUUUGGAGUCCGAAAGUUGGGAACAAGGAAUGGACCAUAUGGCAAACAGAAAUUUUUCUCUAUUGGAUGUGCAAAAAGUGGUUCGUUUACGCCAAGAGGGAAGAAUAUAUUUCAACUUAGACCUUCCACCAAGACCGAUUGUAAGGCCAGGAUCAACAUUGUUGUGAGGAAUGAUUUUGAUUUUCAGAUUAGUAGUGUCAUUCUUCAGCAUAAUCAUCAUUUGAGUCCUUCAAAUUCUAGACAUAUUAGAUCUCAUAAGGUUUUAGAUCCAAGUGCGCAGAGAAGAUUGCAAUUAAACGAUGAAGCUGGAAUAACAUUGGCUAAAAGUUUCCAAUCAAUUGUAGUUGAAGCUAGAGGGUAUGAUAAUUUGAAAUUUGAUGAGAGAACAUGUCGGAAUUUUAUCUCAGAAGCUAGGAGGUCGAGGUUAGGAAAUGGCGAUGCUGAAGUUGUUUCUCAUUAUUUCUCCCAGAUGCAAAACAUAUGUUUAAAUUUUCAUUACACCUUUGAUCUUGACGAGGACUCACAUAUCAGGAAUGUUUUUUGGGCUGAUGCAAGAUGCAGGGCUUCUUACGAUUACUUUUCUGAUGUAAUGACCUUUGACACAACGUACCUGACGAACCGCUAUGACAUGUCUUUUGCUCCGUUCGUCGGAGUUAACCAUCAUGGCCAAUCUAUUUUGCUAGGAUGUAGUUUAUUAUCUAGUGAGGAUGUGGCGUCAUUCACUUGGCUUUUUAAGGCAUGGUUGACGUGUAUGCAUGGACGUGCUCCAAAAGCAAUAAUCACUGAUCAAUGUCGAUCGAUGUCUAUUGCCAUUAAAACGGUUUUUCCAAACACCCAACAUCGUUAUUGUCUUUGGCAUAUAAUGAAGAAGCUCCCUACUAAAUUUAGUGCUCACGCUGAAUAUAAAAGCAUUAAGAAGGCGUUGAAUAACAUUGUCUAUAACUCGAUAACAAUUGAAGAGUGUGAAGAGAAUUGGAAGAAAAUGAUACAUGAGUUUCAUUUAGAAAAUAAUGAUUGGCUAAACUCUCUACACAUUAAAAGACAUAAGUGGAUUCCAGUGUACGUGAGAUGUCAUUUCUGGACAGGCAUGUCAACAUCCCAGAGAAGUGAAAGCAUCAAUUCGUUUUUCGAUGAUUAUGUUACUUCGACAACAUCUCUGAAGUAG